AUGCGGGGGGAGGGGAAAAAACAAAACGUGAAAGAAACAGAAGCAAGAUCCAAGCAGCCACCACCGCCACCAAAAACGCACACCAACAACAACGACAGCGACAACAACAACAAGAGUGGAAGUGGAGGUGGAAGCGUAGACGCCGCACAUGCAUUUAACAAGCAAAGGGGGACAUCAACACCGAAGACAACGGUGCUCCCUGCACGCGACAACGCUGCGCAUUGGCGUGAACUCGGGGAGAUACGACCCCCGUUGCACCCCGCCUUCCUCUAUCCUUGUUGCUCUUCGCUUCAACAUCCCCACACAACUCCCUCCGCUGCCCCCUCUCGAAAUGCGGUUGUAUUUGUUUUCUCACUCUCCAAAUAUAUUUAUAUAUAA